AGAGUUUGAAUUAGUGAUUAAAUAAGAACUGGUGGUCUCAACUGGAUUCCAAACAUGCAUUAACUAAACAGCUACAGAUAGGGUUAGGCUUAGUAGAUAAUACAAACAAAACAACCACCUCCCUGCACUGCACUGCACAGCAAAACACAGCAGGCACCCCUGCCCUGCCCUGCCCUGCCCAUAUUUUAUAUUUACAUCCGCUGUGCCAGAGCCACCUAGUUAGUUACGCAAACGCCGUUGCAGGAGUUGCUGAGUUUCUGUGGGUGUGGUUAGUUGUGGGACGUGAGGGGAGGGCAUUUUCGGUCAUUUUGUAAAGGGUUGCCUUUAUAGGGUGCACCAGCAGCUUCCUUCCCUCCCAUACCCCUUCCUAUUGUUUUCUUUCUCUCUGUGGCCUCUUACCGCCUGAGUUCUGUUGAGUUGAGAUUUGAGACCCUUGGACCAAGCAAAAGAAGUGUGCAAAAGAAGUGUGCAAAAAGUGCACAAACAGGUUGCAUUGUUUGUAGUUGUGUUCCAACCACAAUCACAUACACAUACACACAAACACAUACAUAUCCAAUUCCGCUAAUGGAUCCAGAAGCCCUCUCGGCCACUUUGUUCAAAUGGGAUCCUCGAGGAAUGGUGGGGGGAGGCGGCGGCGCAUCCCUCCCAGCACCACUGCCGCCCUACUCGCUGCGGCCCAGGGAAUUGGGACUGGGAGGCCUGGAGGAGUUGUUCCAGGCUUACGGGAUCAGGUACUACACCGCCGCUAAAAUUGCGGAACUGGGAUUCACCGUCAGCACCCUCCUGGACAUGAAAGACGAAGAGUUGGAGGAUAUGAUAAACAGCCUCUCUCAUAUUUUCCGGUGGGAGCUUCUGGUAGGUGAGAGAUACGGAAUUAAGGCUGCUGUAAGAGCCGAGCGCAGACGUGUAGAUGACGAGAUGGAUUCCUCCAGGCGCCGGCACCUCUUCUCCAAUGACACCCAUAACAACGUGGUCCUGGAUGCCCUUUCCCAGGAAGGGCUAUCGGAAGAGCCGGUGCAGCAGGAAAAAGAGGUGGUGGGGAGCGGAGGAGGAGGAACUUGGGAGGCAGUUGCAGCGGGUGAGAUGAGGAAGAAGCAGCGGAAGAGAAACGGAUCAAAGAAGAAGCAGGUGAUGGUGAUGGAGGAGGAUCAUCACGAUGAAACUGAGGAGGGAGGUGGGGAGGAGGAGGAUAAUAUGGAAGUCAGCGAGAGACAGCGGGAGCAUCCAUUCAUCGUAACCGAGCCAGGGGAGGUUGCACGGGGGAAAAAGAACGGCCUUGACUAUCUCUUCCACCUAUAUGAGCAGUGUCGUGAGUUUUUGAUCCAAGUCCAGAACAUUGCCAAGGAACGAGGAGAAAAAUGUCCCACUAAGGUGACAAACCAGGUGUUUAGAUAUGCGAAGAAGGUGGGAGCAAGUUACAUAAACAAGCCAAAAAUGAGACACUACGUGCACUGCUAUGCGUUGCAUUGUCUGGACGAGGAAGCGUCCAACGCGUUGAGGAGGGUUUUCAAAGAGAGGGGUGAAAAUGUGGGAGCUUGGCGACAGGCAUGCUAUAAGCCUUUGGUAGCCACAGCAGCUUCCCAAGGUUGGGACAUCGAUGCCAUUUUCAACGCACAUCCACGCCUCGCCAUCUGGUAUGUGCCCACUAAACUCCGCCAACUCUGCCACGCCGAGCGCAACAGUGCCAAAGCCUCCACCUCCGCCGCCGUAAAUCACUUGCCAUUUUAACUUCAUACUCUCUUAUCGCUGUCUUCAGCUUCUAUCAUCCGCUAGGAAGCAAAAGUAGGAGGACAUUAUUGUUGGAUAUGAAAUGGAUGCUACCUUUUCUUUCCAUAU